AAGACUUUCUUGUGAAGUAAACAAACUUAUUGCAGCUCAUCACUUUUUACUUGGAACUUGCCCUUAAAAUGUAUCAACCUAUGGUGUUUUUAACUCUACAUUAAGUAAUAUUAGAACCGGCAUCAUAGAGUCAUGGCGGUGGUGAUAUAAUGAGGUAAAGGUGUUAUCAUCCUGUACUCUCGUCCUAGCAGCAGCUCAGAAUUACAGGUAUAAGCACAAGCAGAGAACAUGGCUAACCGCUUCUUUGAGGGAGCAGUACAUGCGGCCUCGUAUGCCAAAUUUAGGCCUCAGCCUCCUGCGUCUCUUAUUGAUAGAGUCCUGACAUUCCUUAAAGAGAAGUAUCAAGGACCCUUCACAGCUGCUAUUGAUGUCGGAUGUGGUUCUGGUCAAAGUACACACAUCCUCAGCCCACAUUUUACCUCUGUCACGGGUCUUGAUAUUUCUCAGGCCCAGAUUACUGAAGCCACUAAACUAGGCACAGGAACAAAUGUUUUCUUCAAAGUGAGUGGUGCUGAAAAGCUGCCUUUCUCAGAGUGUAGCCUGCAGCUGGUCACUGCUGGUCAAGCUUGUCACUGGUUUGAUCUGCCAAAGUUCUAUGAGGAAGUUGAUCGUAUUCUUGUACCAGGAGGUGUCUUGGCACUGUAUGGCUACGCAUUCCCACAGCCCAUCUAUGGAGACCUUACAGAAAAACUCUAUGACAUUAUUAACUAUAUGUAUAAAAAGGAACUGAAUGGUUAUAUUUACCGAGGGAGUGAGGAAGUCUACCUCGAACGGUACCAAGCAGAAAGAUACAAGUUAAUAUAUGAUGAACACUUGGAAUACAGGUGUAUGAAAAAGACACGGGUGGCUACUGGGGAAGUGGUCGUAAAGAUGUUGAUGCUGCUUAUAGCCAUCAAAAGUUCAGCAUACCUUACUCAAGUAAUACAAGGUUAGAAUACUUACCGUAGCUAUUAUGUGUAGUGAGUAGUUUACAGAUACAAUACAAAAAUUUUGGAAUUUCCAAUAUCAAAUGCUAGUCAAGAGGAGGGAGUCAAAUGGGGAAUGAAUAAUGAAAAGAAGGACUGUAGUUUUUUUAGAAGCAUAGCAGUGUGUUCAAAUGCAUGUUGACCCCAGGAGAAGUAAAAAGUUCAAUGGAUUUACCUGUACAAAACAAUUAAUACUGUAUAUCCUACAGGGAGAAGAAACUGUUGUGUUAUUGAAAGAAGGGAGUGACAGAAAAUUAUAUUGUAAUAGAUGGAUAGAGGAAGAGUUUUAUGAGUACAGUAUUAUAUAUAUUAGAAGAUUUGUACAACCACAGUGUAAGAUACAUGAGAGUGAAAGUGAUAUUUAAGUUCUGUAGUACGGUAUUGAGUGAAUUUAGUGGAAACAUAUUGAGCAGAUAGCUAAGAGAGUUUGUUAUGUAGAUUUGCUUAAUUAAACUCUUAUUUAUACAGUUGUUUUUGGUCAUUGAAAUAGAAAGUGGAUACAAGUCGACAAAAGAUCUGUGGAGCAUUUCAGCAUUAAUCCUAAAAAGCAGCCAUCAUCAGUAGACUAUUUCAUUUUCCUUGCAUACCAUUUUUGUGCUUGCUGGGGGUGGAGGGGGUGGGAUCUUUAGUUGCUGCUGGUUAAGGUUUAAUAUUUAUGUAUUGUACUGUGUAUGUAGUUUGGGCUAUUGCUGGUUGUACAAAAACUAAAGUUUGAUAUAAAAAAAAGUGACAUCCCAGGGAAGGAAAUACUGUAUUGAGGCAGUAUAAAAACAGUUUGGUAGGAGAAACCUGAUACAGUAUCAAUAUUUUUCAAGUGCGUACUUUUGAAAUAUCGGAGACAUUAAAAGAAGAUUCAUCAAAGUAGAAUAGAAGACUCAAAGUUGUUUUUGAAAAGAGAAGAGUGAUGAACAGUAAAACAGCCCCAACAUAAUCCUUAUAUAUAAACCUCAGUGAUAGUAGUGGUAUUAACGUUCUCGGUAUAUAGACAAAAUCACUUAACAGUCACCAAAACAUAGUACAAUGUGAAAUGUUAGUAAUAUACCCUCACUGAGGGGAAGAAAAAAAAAAAACCAUGGUAAGUACCAACAUCGAUAC